UCUCGACCAAUCAGGAGGCGGCGCUCCCUGACACAGCUGGCGGAGUGUUGUGUUUACUGGCGAUGAAUCACCUGUCACAAGUCGUUUAUAUCCUACAAUGAAGUUUUCUUUAGGGAUGUUCAGCAUUAUAUGGAACACCUUGUACUGGUGGAUGCGUCCACUGGUCAAGUGGGUCCUCAGACGUACCACCAGACUGUGUGAGCUGCAGCGUAUAUGUUAUGGGGAGUACAAGGGAGCCCUCAGGACCUGUGGUGUUGAGUUCUCACUGAAUCACAGCCGCACUCCAGAGAUCCAGAAGUGCAUCAAAUAUAUGGACACUAAAUGUCAGGAUUGUACCCUGAAGCCGGCCCUUAUAUACUAUGCUGUAUUUGCUAUUGUCAGGAUCAAGGGGAUCAACACCAAGGUUCAUAAGAGAUUUACAGACACCUUAGGGGAGUGUUUAACACAAGUGUGGGGAUACCGCCAGUUGUCUGCACAGAUUGAGACCAUACGAAGGGAAAUGUAUAACUCUACAAAUCAGAGCCACGAGGAGAAGUUACUAUGUCUCUGGGAUGCCCUAAUGCCAGAGACCCCAUUAGAGGCAAGAAUAACGAAGCAGUGGCAAGUCAUUGGCUUUCAGGGCGAUGACCCUCAGACAGAUUUCCGUGGCAUGGGCCUCCUUGGUUUAGAAAACUUGCUGUUUUUUGCCGAGCAGUAUCCAACAGCUGCCCGUCAUGUUUUAGCACGCUCACAGCAUCCUACUUAUGGGUAUUCCUUUGCUAUCGUAGGAAUCAACAUCACUCACAUGGCUUUCCACCUUCUUCAAAAUGGUGAUGCCAAGAUCCACUUCUACAAUGCGUCCAAGAGGUUCCCAGAAGUUCGGGCGUUCCACAACUUCUACUGUUAUCUCUUCUUCACGUUUGACGAGUUGUGGCGGCAGGAGAAGCCGCGGGACAUGAUGGAGUUUUCUCGUGUCAGAGACAAGUUCGAGGCUCAGGUCAAAUAUAAACUUAAAAACCCUUUUGCAUAUUUCAAAUGUAACUUUGUACUGGAGAAUAUUUAACUCAAAAAGCUGUACUUGCUGGAGUAUAGCAAUAGUUUUGUAAGGGAUAUCAGGGUUGGCACUGAAGGGUUUCACCAUCACUAUACAGUACAGUACUGCAUAAUGUGAUUACUGUACACUCAUUAUUGCAAUAGGACUAUUUUGUUACCUGUUAAUUUUAAGGAAAUUGACAGUUAAGUGUCUAUCAUACAGUAGUAAGAUCAAGAAUUUCUUGCAGGUAAAGUUUUGAUAGACAAAGGUCACUGUUCUCCAGUUAGUUUCCAGUGUGUGAGGAAGUGAUAACAAAAAAAGAGAUUUUUAACUAUUUAAAAAGAUAUUAAUACCAUUACAGGUAUCCACGCUUUUAGAAGGCAUUAAUGGGUGUGUUACAUGCCAGGAGAGCAGAUGGGUACUGUAAGAUAAUUUUGAAAUCUUACUAGAGUACCUGGUGGUUUAUUGUUGUGCAGUAUUGCAUAAUGAACUUAAUUUUCAGAACCAACAAAAUCUUGUUUCUCGUUGGAAGAAUGACUUCGGAAAGAGUAAAACAUAUAUGCUGAAUUUUUCUUAAAUAUAAUCCAAGAUAAGAGUUUGGUAUGAAUCAGUACUGUAUAGUAUAAAUACAUCAUAAUAAACAACAAUACUCCAACAUAUUUUGGGAAUGGCUCAAAAGUUGUUGGACCUAAAAGUAAAAAUUGCUACAUAAUUUUAAUACGUCAUCAGCUCUUAACAGUUGUGAUUUAUCGUGUACCGAGACUUUGCGGGAGAUCAUUGAUAUGGUAAGGGUUAUUAUUAUUCAUGUAGAGUACAAUUGUUUGACCAAAUAUAUCAUGCAUAUUCCUAUUUAAUGAUCAUGUAGUUUAAGACAACACUUGCAGUAUUACAGUGAUUGGAGAUAGAGUUAUGUAAGAAGAGGAAUUAGGACCACUAACAUUUACUGACAACUAUAAUGAUUUAUAACCAAAUUCAUUAUUUAAGCAUCAUCUUAGGCGGCACUAGUGUCUUAUAUUAAGAACUUGGAUUCCCUAGGUUGAUUAUGUACAGUACAGUACAGUGCGUAUAUAUGAAUAAUUAAUUAUUAUUUUUUUUUUUUUACAUUUUUACUUGAUUUGCAUUUUUUCUUGAGACUUAAUUGGAUAUUUUAAAUUGUUUUGUAACCUAUAGAGUCAUACACUGGCCAGCACCUCACACACAUACACAGUGAGGUACAGUGUUAUAUUCACAGGUCUCUUGGUCAUUUUCUUCACCCUAAAAUGAGAUUUCAUCCUUCAAUUAUCCAUUAAUUUUCUUCUAGGUUCUUUUAAGGUUUGAAACCUUUGUGUUAUUACUUGUGUUUGUUGUGUCAAAAUAUAGUUUUAAAAUACCAAGUAUUUUUAUGAUCUGUAAGACAUUUGUUAGUGCUAGACAUCCUGUGUGGCUGUAUGACCAGCUGCCCCGGUGACUGGGGGAUACUCUGUGCUACCAAAGUGUGGCCACAUGUGGGUGGUGACAAUUAUGGUAUAUUAGUGUUAAAAGAUCCGCAUAAACAGAAAGAGAAGGGAAGAAAUAAUAUUAAACAAAUGAAAUAUGAACAGACUAAAGGAAGGGGAAAGUCAAGGAAGCCCUCUAGGCAGCUACAAGAGUAGGAUAAAAUGGUUCCUGGGUUUCUGGAAGCAUCCUGGCAUCAUACUGCAGUACAGUAUAAGCUAAAUACUUGAAAUAAGUGAGCAGAGCUUAAUGCUACAUAAGUUGACUCACAACAAAUAUAUAUUGCUUCAGUGAGCUGUUCUUAUAAUGCUUCCAUUUUUAUAGAAACUUCUUGGUUGGUCUGUAAAUUAUCUUGAGCUGGUUUGGAUAAGAGAAAAAAGUUUUAUAAGGAUAAAAACAGUGUAUAAGGGAGGUGAAGACAUCUAGAGUAUAGGAAGAUGGUUAGUAUCCUUCAGAAGGGAAGUGGAGGAGCAAAAAAUAAAAAUAUUUAAGUUAUUAAUGAUAUUAGGCCACAUCUUAAAAAUCUCUCUCGGUAACAUGGUACGUUAAAUUUCCAUUUAGCAUCUAAAGUCUGAAUCACUUUAUUGGUCAUUACGUACAUUUUCAUUUGCAUUCUUUGUUCAUUAAUAUGGUAAAGAUAUGUUUAUAUAUAAUUGUGGCAGCUGAGAGGUGUGAAGCUGGCUGGACAGAGCAGGUAUGUUCUUCCUGAUGCCUCUUCACACUGGCUAUAUUUUUUUCUCUGAUAGAUUUUCCAGUGAUAAAUUGUAACAGUUGUAUAUUGUAUAUUAGAUGACAACAGGUACUGUACUUUGUCUGAAUUUGGUGCCUGUAUAGAGUAUUUCAAACUCUCAGCUGUGAGACUCAUAAAGAAAAUUUUAAAUUUUUUCACCUUGAAAGACACUAUUAUUGUACCACAUAAAAAGCACUUGUGUGUUUAAUCCUAAUUCACAUUUAAAAAGUAUAUGAUAAUGGAUUUUUUAUGUAAUUUGGGUGGAAAAUGUGAAAGGAAACAUAUUGGUAAAUGUAACAUUGUUUGAUUUUCAAGUAAGGUUGUUGUGAAUUGUGCCAUUUUGUAAGGUGUUGAUUCACAAAAGCCUUUACCUGCUCUAGUGUAUGAUGGCUGAGCAGGUGAUGGUCUCCUGGUGGUUAGUAUUCAGUAACUAAGUUACACGUACUCCACCCAUGAUGGUCCACUGAAGGGUUCCACCAGUGACAAAUGCACCAGAUAGUGUUCUUAUUUAUUGUGGAGUGAACAAGGAGAGAACCCAACUCUCCAAUUUGGUCUGGAGUAGAUGACCAUUCUCUUGUGGGAUAAAUGCUCUUGUCAACUGAGCUACAGAGCCAGUAUAGUCUAGAUAUAUUUCUUAUUUUUAGCUUUAUAUAUUUUUUCUUCACUUUUAAGUGCCAUACAGGGUCCUCAGAAGUAUAAAAUGAAAGAUCAGCGCUGUGAUCUAUAGUUAUGAGUAGAGAAUAAUCCUCCAUACAAAUAAGGUAUUUAAUAUCAGGUUUAACCACUUGUGUAUGGGAUCCCCUCUCUGCUGAAUAAAGUUACCUUGCGUAGUGAAGGGGUUAACAACAAUCUACACGUUUACAUGAAAUUAACCAUGAUAGUGAUACUGUAUAUGGUAAACUGACAUGCACAUGGUAUUGAGAACCUUGCCCAGUGUAUUCUCACUCACUAGUAAGGUUGUAUUAUGUAAACUAAUCUUGUAUUGACUUUUAAGAGAUCACUGUUUUUAUCAUAAGUAUCCUAAGCUUAAUUUUUUGUGUUAAACAUAAGAAAAUGAAGCAAUUAGAGGGUUAUGUCUGGGAUUCAUUGUUUGCUAAGUUAUGUUUUUGGGAUCCUCUGUGUGUGUUAAGAAGACAUUUAUAGUCCAUCACCUGGCUUAAAAAUCAGUGGUAUGCCAGCCCUGAACUGAAACGUGUACAAAAAUUCAGGUACGAUACUUUAAUAUGAUACGAACUCUCCCGAGUGUGUCUAAAUUUCUUGUGCAAAUUCUAAGGUUCAACGUUGGCACGAAACUGUUUCUUAACCCCCCCCCACACACACAGGUAAUGAAAAAAAGUAUUGUACCACCACUGAACCUCUGACAUGAUCCCUAAAAAAAAUUCUCAUGUACCUCACUUUGCACACGCUAUUGGUAAUCUAAUCAUGUUUGCACAAAUUGCGGUGUAUGUAAGAUUGGGCUUUUUUUCAAUAAUCACAUUGUCUUUCCCUGGCAAAUAUAAUAAAGAUAUUUCACAUAGAGAUUGCCAUAAUUAUGUACUUGGUCUUCUCUGUACAGUCUCUCGCCGUAGAUACAUCGAGCUUGUAGCACUUAUUGAAAACUUUAUGAUGAUCUAGAUGUUAUACACAGUCCAGGUAUAUUGUGGAAAGUUUAGCUUAGGUUUUAAAGGGGAAGACUUGUGGAGGAAGAGCAGGUAAAGAUGGUUGUGUUAUAUUAAGAAACUGUAGAUAUGACAAGAAAAAGAUUAGUAGUCAUUUCUUACAACCUCAAAUGUUGUUAAGAGAUAAGUGUAUUUUAUUGUCUUAUAUCAUUCAGAAAACUCUUAUUAUGAACAUGGGUACAGUACAGUCAUCCCAGUUUUGUGAUACCAGUCCCCUCCAUUAUGCUAAGAAGUGUUUGGAAUUGUUAAAAUAUGGGAGUUUUUUCCUAACAGGUCAGUCCAAAAGUAACUAUUUUAUACCAUUCCUAUACAAUACUAACAGCUACAUUGUUUGUGGCCCUGAAAUGUAAGAGAUUUUGUUAGUUCAUACAAUAUUUUUAUUUUCAUUCAUUCUAUGCAUUGGUUUAUUAAUUGUAAUUGGUAUAGUAUGGCACAAUGCAUAUACAAUAUAAGGUGUUCCAGGCAAGAAGGAGACAGGUGACAAAAUGCAGUUCAAGUUUCGAGGGACAUUCGAAGGUUAUAAGUAAUGGUGCAGUAAACACAUCUCAAGGCAUUGUAUCACUUGUCUUGAUCUUGCCUGGAGUGACUCAUACGGAAGCGAUCCUGUUACCUUGUGUCUGAAAAAUAAUUCCAAAGUCUCAUACCCAGUAAUCCAUCGACAGGGAAACAGGUGAUUUAACUUCUCUGUCGUUGGAAAUGUUUUCUUUAAUUGUAAUCUCUUUAGUAUUUAAUUUGCAUGAAUGCCUAAAUAAUCAAUUAGAUAUUGUAUUUUUUAAUUAUUUUUAUGCUCAAGAAUGUUCUUAUUUAUGAAGAUUUCCGUAUUACAGUAUUUUUUCCUUAUAGAUCUUAAGUGUUGGGAUUUGGAUAAAAUGGAGUCUCCUAGUCCAGAUUUUGCACACAUUGUGUUAUAUAAGACGCAACAUGAGUCUGUGUUGUCAACGCUCGCUGCUACUCGCUACUCUCUUAUGACUACAGUACUAAUACCCCCCAAGGAAUCAUAUUAUACAACUAUUACUGUAUGUGUUGUUUUACCAACAUAUUCUUAUUUAUUCAUUUUUUGCUUCUAUUCAUAAUUAUUGUUCUUAGUUACCAAACUUAAUUGUUUUCCAUAACAACCAAAUUUAAUUAUACUUCAUGGUAAACAAACAUAAUUAUUCUCCAUAAUCAAAUAUAAUUAUUCCCCAUAGCAACCAGGUAUAAUUAUUCUCCAUAGCAACCAAACAAUUAUACUCAAUAGCAACCAUCCUCAGAUCCACAACAAGUUCAUAUUAUGUAAAAUAUUUCUGUGCCUGACUGAAGGAUGAAUUACUCCCUCAAUACAUAUGGUCAACUUUGUUUGGGUUAUGUUGUACGUCAUACAGAGGCGACCAUGUUCUUUCAGGUUCUAUUUAUUUGUAAAUAAACGGGUUCAAUACUCCAAUUGUCCUCGUGAACAAUGA